UGUGUAUUUUUUCGGUCGCGUCUUUGCAUUACUAAACGUUCGGAGUUUUUCAAUAGUUUCUGAAAGCAAACAAUAGCCGCAAAAAUGUCGUUCAAAGGCUCUAAGGUGCAGAAAGUGAUGGUUCAACCCAUCAAUUUGAUUUUCCGUUAUCUCCAGAAUCGAUCCCGCGUUCAGGUUUGGCUGUACGAGAAUACACACCUGCGGAUAGAAGGUCACAUCGUUGGAUUUGAUGAAUAUAUGAACCUGGUUCUGGAUGAAGCAGAGGAGUACAACAUCAAGAAGCAGAACCGGCGUCAGUUGGGUCGUAUUAUGUUGAAGGGAGAUAACAUCACGCUUAUUCAAAACGUUCAAACCCAUUGAUAGUGUUGCUGUCCGGUAGGGGAUUGUGGAGAAACAUCGACAGUUGCAGUGAUCCACUGUUUGAAAAUUGAUUGGCCGUACAGUGCCAAUGGAUUAUUAUUCCUAGUGUAACUUUUGCUGGAGUCUCUGAGAGAAUACUUAAAAUAAGCGUAAAUAAAACUAGAUUAUU